AUGAGCGGCCGCGAUGUCGCCUCCCCGGCGCCGGCCGACGCCUCCGCCAUAUGCGCUCAGAUCGCGGCCGUCUUCGCCGCGCCAUCCGCGCACCCCCCGGCGCGCGCCGUCCUAGUCUCUGAGCUCGCCGCCGCGUCCUCCCGGGGAGGCCGCGUGUUCGUGCACGGCGUCGGGCGCGAGGGCCUCAUGAUGCGCGCCCUCUGCAUGCGCCUGGCGCACCUCGGCCUCCCCGCGCACUGCGUCGGCGACGUCACGGCGCCGCCCGCCUUAUCGGGAGACCUCCUCGUCGCCUCCGCGGGACCGGGCGCGUUCUCCACCGUCGACGCCAUCUGCGGCGUGGCGCGAGGCGCCGGCACGCGCGUGGUGCUGCUCACCGCGAGGCCGGAGGGAGAUUUCCCUGGGCGCCAGGCCGACGUGGUGGCCCACCUCCCCGCGCAGACCAUGGCUGACGACGAGGAUGGCGCGGCGGCGCAGGCGAAGCUGCCGAUGGGGAGCCUGUACGAGGGGGCCAUGUUUGUGCUGUUCGAGAUGGUGGUGCUCGAGCUCGCGGGUGUUCUGGGCCAAAGCCCGGCCCAGAUGAGGGCCCGCCACACAAACUUGGAGUAG